AUGGUUCCUAAUAAUCAACUCCUUCGACUCACAAUCGGGAAUCGUGAACCUGUCACCGUCGCAAUGGCGACUCCGCCCCCGGAGGAGGAUCUAUAUCUUGGGAAACGGCACGAAGAGGACUAUGAAGAAGCACAUCGAGAACAACAUGAGAAGGACUACAGCUCACGCACACACGAGUGUCUUACGCGCCGGCGCGAUGAUCCUCUGGCUCGAAUAUACCGCUUAACUCCCAUUCCGACCAUCCUUCUCGACGCUUCCCUACGAGUGGUCGAGGUAUCCAACAGCCAUCUUGAAAUUUUCCAGAAGUGCAGAGACGCGCUGCUGGACAAGUGUAUCUACGAGAUCUCGUCAUACGCCAUACCCUCCCCCGACAUUGUGACCCUCAGCGGCGCCUUGCAAGCGGCUGUUACCAGCCGCGACGUCCAGACAAUUGGCGGCAUCCAUCUCCCUGAUACAAAUUCCUACUUCUCCCUACGAUUAAUACCGAUUUUCGACGGUCCGGAACUAAUCUACAUGGUCCUCGAGAUUCAGAAUGCCACUACCGAACACGCGGAAUCCCGCGCAUGCAGCAAGCAGACUUACAUUAAUGAAUCCUACCGGACGUUGCUGGACACCGUCAAAGACUACGCCAUCUUCAUGCUCGAUACGCGCGGGAACAUUACGACCUGGAACUCUGGCGCCACCGUGUUGAAUGGAUACUCAGCGGAUGAAAUCAUCGGUCGGCAUUUCUCCAUCUUCUACAGCGACGAGGAUUGUAUCCGACAGAAGCCCGAAAAAGAACUCGAGGUCUGUCUGCGCGAUGGCAAGGUGGAAGAUGAAGGCUGGCGGUAUCGUCGCGACGGAUCGCGAUUCUGGGCCAACGUCCUCGUGACGCCUAUCCACCAAUUUGGACAUCAUGUCGGUUUCGCGAAGGUCACCCGGGAUUUGACUGAGCGCAAAGCCGCUGAGGCCCGUCUGAUAGCGGCGUUUGAGGAAUCGUCGAAACUGAAAAGCGACUUUUUGGCCAACAUGAGCCACGAAAUACGUACCCCGAUGAACGGCAUGUUGCUGGCUCUGACCAUGUUGAUGAGCACCGAGCUCAACCAACAGCAGCAAGAGUAUGCAUCUAUCAUUGAAGAUUCGACCUCCAUUCUGCUGCAGGUAAUCAACGAUGUUCUGGACUACUCCAAACUGUCAUCCGGGGCCUUUUCAUUGCACUCGGAUAUCGUCAAUGCCCGAACGAUCAUCGACGCCGUUGUGCGAAACUGCAACCCGCUUCUCAAGCCGGGAGUUGAAUUGAUCAGCGAUCUUCCGGACGACUUCCCCCAGUAUCUCAAAGGCGACCCGCUUCGAUUCCGGCAGGUACUGCAGAAUCUCGUUGGGAAUGCAGUCAAAUUCACCGAGCAAGGCAGCGUCAAGAUUCACACGUCAUUUUCCGUCGACGAGGAAAAGCGAGACGCCUACAACAUCUUGACAGAAGUCAUCGACACCGGUAUCGGGGUUCCGGCCGACUCCAUCAAUACCCUCUUCACCCCCUUCACACGAUUCGCAGACUCCUGCACCAAGAAGUACCAAGGGACAGGACUGGGUCUUUCGAUUUGCAAAGGCCUGGCCGAGUUGAUGAACGGGACGGUUGGAUUCAGACCAAACCCAGACGGCCGUGGAAGUAUCUUCUGGGUGACAGCGCGAAUGAAUCGUACGGACGAGGUGGACUCAGCCCGAGCAGCCGGCCUCGCCUCCGAAGAAACUUUCGACCCGACUGAGGAGAUUCGCAAAAUCGCACCCCAGAAACACAUUCUUCUCGUCGAAGACAACAUGGUGAACCAAAUGGUGAUGCGCAAACUUCUCAACAGUGUGGGAUUUGAACGCGUCGAUGUUGCAUGGGACGGGGCGCAGGCGGUGCGGAUGGUCAAGCAGCGUCCGUUGUCGUAUGACGUGGUGUUGAUGGAUGUUAGUAUGCCGGUGUUGAGCGGGUUAGAGGCGACAUCGCGAAUUCGAGAAUUGCACAUUGAUGUGCCUAUUAUCGCACUUACUGGGAAUGCACUGAAGGGCGAUGCGGAGACGUAUUUGGCAAACGGGAUGAAUGAUUAUUUGGCGAAACCGAUUCAUCGACAGCAGCUUUUGAGGAUGCUUUGGAAGUGGAUUGUUUGA